AGGGUUGGAGUUGCCUGUUCUCUUCAUUCCACCAAAUCUCCCGUCGAUUUUUUUCCUCCCCGUGCAUGCGAAUGCGAAUUUUGCGAAGGUUUUAAUGACCCGUGCGCCAUGCCUUAUGUUGACCUAUACAGCGACAAUGACUAUGCAUCCAUCUUCUAUACCACCAAUACCGAUUACGGAAAUGUCGGUGGCUUUGAUCCAGAGAAGCCUACUAUAAUGAUGCUUCAUCCGACGUUCCUCGACUCCUCAUGGCUAAGCAAUCAGUUUGGCGACCCAAGGCUCGACCAACAUUAUAAUUUGAUCGCAUUUGACAUGCGCGUUUGUGGGCGGUCGAGAUGUAAAUCGAGCGGGAUGCAUGAUUCUUGGGUAGACGCUGCAGAUCUGGCAUUUUGCCAUCAACGUCUCCAUCUACCACCGUGCCAUAUCCUAGCGAUGGAGGCAAUCUCGGUCGCAGCAGCCCUACGGUUCGCGGUCUUAUUCCCCGAAAUGUGCCUCAGUCUUGGACUGUGCAAUGUACCUCCCCCCACCGAGUUGAAAUGGGUAUUCAACGCUCUCGACGAAGUCAUGCAGUCGUGGUGUUACGCAGAUGACCUAGAAUCCUUCGAACAUGUCUGUAUGGAAGCAGUCAAAAUCACGGUCGGGCCUGAUUGUGAGCCCGAUUUAAUAGAUGACUUGAUAGCAUAUUGGGAGGUGGCAAUGCCCCCGCGUAGAAGACGCAGAAUAGUGGAGCUGAUGAAUAUCGUUUUGAAUCGAACGCCGCUGAAGCAAGACAUCGUCAAGGAAAUCAAGCAACCUGUGUUGAUAAUUCAUGGAGAGAGGAAUGAAACCUGUCCGCAAAAGUACGCGGAGCGGUUACAAUCUGAACUUAGUAAUGCGGAGCAAGCAUAUCUUUACUCAGUUAAAGGUGGCGCGGGCAGCCUUAACGUGACUUCCGGUACCGCCUCCAUCACGAACCAGGUUUACUGCAAGUUUCUUGCAAGACUUCCGCGCUGUAGAUCAGAUAUCGCGAAACCUCUACAAUCUACGGAAGAGCGUAUGACGGCUGCCUUGGAGAAACUGGCGCAAAUGACGGGUGAUUCAAGCAUAGCGUCCCGAAUGCCGACAUGCUCCCUCUCAUUCUCCUGCCUCCCUCAUGAGGUUGUGAAAGGGCAGGGAGAGUCACUGGACCUUUAUAAGAAGGGCGAGUCGGAAGCGUUUGUGCCUACCGGGCCUGACGGAAGGCCAUAUAGAAAAUAUUCAGAGAAAAAGGACGAACAUUGGUUCCAUGGCGAAAAGGAUGGUUUAUCAUACGCCGGGAGGACGUUCUUUAAACAAGCAAAGCCAGAUACCGGUUCCCAUGAAAGACCAAAUCAAACGUCUGAGACCGCUGCCAACGGAGACCAGUCACACCAUGGGCGCCUACGACGAUCGACCAUUGGACCGAAUGCUAUCAGUGACAAGCCUGUGCUCAAGGGGUCUAUGGUCAAGGUGGUGGGUUCCAAUUCGACUACGACCUUCCAGAGGCUUCUCAAGUAGAGGGAAAAGGAUCGAUCCACUUUGUUGGUUUUAUUGAUCUAUUUAUUGGUUGUACCAAAUCUAUUUCCUUGCUUCUAUCUGUUUCGAUCUUGAGUGUAUUGCAGUUACAAUCUUCUAACACACUAUACCACACACGUCUACUUAUCGUUGUCUUACUCCCCCUACUGUUGUGCACAUUAUGAAUUUAUAGAGUCAUUAGAUGGAAACAAGCAAUGCGUUAACGCCGCUUACCUUCCUCUACAGUUGUCUUGGAAGAGAAUAAUCU